GCUUCUACAAAACCCAGAUUUUCCCCUCUUCUCUUCUUUUUGUGCUAAACACUUUUUCUCUCCUUCCUCAUCUCAAUCUCUGUUCACAUAUCGAUACAGUACUUUGGGGUUUAUCCAGACGCCGAUUAUCUGACUUUUGAUCAAUGGAUUUGGACCAAUCCUUUGAUGAUGAUGCUGUACCUGGAGAACUCUAUGGAGAAGGUGCAUUUUGUUUCAAGAACAGCAAACCAGAACCCAUCACAGCCUCGGUUCCUUCUGAUGAUAGCAAUGAGUCAAAUUUCGACUGCAACAUUUGUUUAGAUUCCGUGCAAGAACCUGUUGUGACUCUCUGUGGUCACCUCUUUUGCUGGCCCUGCAUUCACAAAUGGCUUAAUGUACAAAGCUUCUCAACAAGCGAUGAAUACCAAAGACAUAGAGAGUGUCCUGUUUGUAAAUCCAAAGUGUCUCACUCUACAUUGGUUCCUUUGUAUGGCCGAGGCCGUUGCAAUACUCAGGACAAAGGUAUAAGCAGUGUGCCUAGAAGACCGGUUUACCGGCUUGAGAUGCCAAGUUCGUCGUAUUCCAGUACAGAUCUCCGGUUAUCACAACGGGUUCAUUUCAAUAACCCACAGGAAGGUUACUACCCUGUCUCAGGGGUGUUAAGUUCGAACAGUUUAUCUUACUCUGCUGUCACGGAUCCAAUGAUGGUGAUGGUCGGAGAAAUGGUGGCUACGAGGCUGUUUGGAACACGAGUGAUGGAUAGAUUCGCGUAUCCGGACACUUACAAUCUCGCGGGGACAAGCGGGCCGAGGAUGAGAAGACGGAUAAUGCAGGCAGAUAAAUCGCUGGGAAGAAUCUUUUUCUUUUUCAUGUGUUGUGUGGCUCUGUGUCUUCUACUGUUUUAGAGUUCUCGUCACUAUGUUCAAGUGUAAGGAAACAUAGGCAAAGAAAUGUACAUCUGUGGUAGUAGAAACAUAUCAAAGUUGCUCAAUGUUCAGAAGUUUUUUUUUUGUUUUGUUUUGGGUUACACAGUAUCUUGGUCUGGAGUAUCUUGGUUUUGGGUUACGCAGUAUCUCUAGAUGAAAGGGAAAUUUAGUAGGCCUGAUUUGCAUAUGUAUGUAUAAUUAGCUCAUGGGUGAGAAAAUUAAGAACUAGACUUUUCAUUUUUUAAGUAGUUGAUAUUGGGGUAGAUAUUAAGUUGACUUUGUAUUACCAUUCACUCUAAACUUUAAAGUCACAGCUCCGUAAUCGAGGUUAUAAAGGUUACUUUGGAUAAAAAAAAGACCUUGAUUAUGUCUCUGCAUUCACUUUCAUUACACUCACCCACAUGGCCACAUUGCCCGAGACACUGAGGGAGUUAGAUAAAUAGACGACCACAGUCUGUCUAUCUCUCUCGCUCGUCAAGCUUUAGCUACUCCUUUUGCAUUUCUGAUCCCCUUCCUC